UACUCAGAAGAGAAGAAUUAGAAAUAAUUAUUAAUCUAGAAAUAAUAACCAAAGAACCACUUAAAACAAAUCUUCAAGAACUAGAACAAAUAAGGAACAUACCAACUUACAAGAAUAAAAUAAAUUCUAUUCUAGAAGAAGCAAGAACCUUAGCCGCAGAAAAAAGAAGUCAAUAUUCAGAAAAUCAACAAUUAUUCU